AUGUCUUACUUAUCGUUUCAUAGUAAAUCAUUCUACCCCCAGGCAUUGUCUACUGGCUUACACUCCAGAAUCUCAAAGGAUCCUGAUAAUGCACUAAUUUUGAAUACCGCCCCGCAAGGAAGAAUAGCUAAAAGGAACGCUCAGCAGAUAAACUACGCAGAGCUUGAGAAUAUAAACGAUGAUUUUGAAUUUGACGAAGUACCAACUGCUACAAAUACCACUGCAGCAGUAGUUAAUAAUCAAUUAGCUUCGAAUAAUCAAAAACAUCUCUUAAAACCCGCUCGAAACACUCGUUAUCCACUAGGAUUGGAUGAUGAUCUGAAAAUAGCUGAUAUUAACCAUAAGAAUAACGACGUUCUAAUUCCAAUAAGGUUGAAUUUGGAAUACAAUGGGGGUAAUUCAAAAUUGGUUGAUUUCUUCAUGUGGAAUUUAAAUGAAACAUUAAUCACUCCUCAACAAUUCUCCAUUCUUUUAUGCAAUGACCUUGAAUUACCUACUCAUAUGCAACUGGAAAUUACAGAAUCAAUAAUUAAACAAAUUGAGGAUUAUAAUUUUGCAUCGUCACUACAGCUUCCACCUAAUAUUGAAUACCAUGUGAUAAUCGAUUUAUCGGUAAGUUUAAAUAAACAGUUAUACCAAGAUAGAUUCGAAUGGGAUUUAGCACAGAAUGAAAUAACUCCUGAGAAUUUUGCAGAUAUCGUAGUUUCAGAUUUGGGGUUAUCUUUGGAAUUCAAGCCUGCUGUGUCACACUCCUUACACGAAUUAAUUCUUAGAUUGAAAAAGGAAAUAACUGAUGGGAGCUAUAAUCAUGAGUUGCAUAAGUAUCAACAGCAAAGUGGUUUAAUAUUUGAGUGUGGUAUAAGGAUCACAACUGAAAGUAGUGUACACAAUGGAAACGAUCAAUGGGAACCUAUAGUUGAAAUCUUAACUCCAUGGGAAAUUGAAAAGAGAGAGAUUGAAAGAGAAAGAAACAUUAGAAGAUUAAAGAGAGAAAAUAUGAGGAGAGAAGUGGAUGAUUUUGGUAACAAGAGAAGAGCAUUGUUGAAUAGAAGACGAUUUGACGAACUCGAAGGAAAUUGGAGAAGUUAUUAG